AUGAGCGACUCAAAGCCGAAAGUCCCGGAACAUCGUAUUGCUGGCUUCAAGAACCGGGGAUCAUUGAAACCUGAAGAACUGCGCCGUCGAAGAGAUGAAGUCGCUGUCGAAAUCCGAAGACAAAAGAGAGAAGACUCGGUCGCCAAACGUAGAAACAUAAAUGCCGUCGUCGGUGGUAGUCUCUCUGAAAGUGAAGAUGAGAAUCUCGCUGGCACUGGUGUCUCGCUAUUGGCCGAACACCUUCCUCAAAUGGUACAAGGUGUAUUCUCUGGUUCGGUAGAUGAGCAACUACAAGCUACUGCGAGGUUUAGGAAGCUCUUGUCAAAAGAACGCAAUCCACCAAUCGAUGAUGUUGUACAAUGUGGUGUCAUUCCAAAGUUUGUCGAAUUCCUCAGGUCCCCAAACAAUCUACUCCAAUUCGAAGCUGCAUGGGCAUUGACCAACAUUGCAUCCGGCUCAUCGGAACAAACUCGUGUCGUCAUUGACAGUGGAGCUGUUCCCAUCUUUGUUGAAUUAUUGGGUUCUCCUGUUGCUGAUGUUCGUGAACAGGCUGUCUGGGCUUUGGGAAACAUUGCUGGUGACAGUCCAAGUUGUCGAGACUUUGUACUUCGAGAAGGCUCAUUGAGGCCAAUAUUGAACAUCUUGAACGAAAACACAAACAAGUUGUCGAUGCUUCGAAACGCUACCUGGACUCUCAGCAACUUCUGUCGUGGAAAGAAUCCUCCUCCAGACUGGAAUAUGAUUGCACCCGCUCUCCCAGUCCUCGCCAAACUCAUCUAUGCUCAAGAUGAAGAAGUCUUGACUGAUGCCUGCUGGGCCAUCUCAUACCUAUCUGAUGGUGCUAACGAGAAGAUCCAGGCAGUCAUUGAAGCUGGUGUCAGUCGUCGAUUGGUAGAAUUGCUCAUGCAUCCUUCAUAUAUGGUUCAAACACCAGCAUUGAGAUCAGUAGGAAACAUAGUCACUGGUGAUGAUAUUCAAACCCAAGUGAUUAUCAAUUGCAAUGUACUGGUCGCCUUAUUGCACUUGUUGGGCAGUCCCAAGGAAACAAUUCGAAAAGAAGCAUGCUGGACUAUCUCCAAUAUUACUGCCGGAAAUGCUGCUCAAAUCCAGGCCGUAAUUGAUGCCAAUAUCAUACCACCUCUCAUUGAAAUUCUUCAACACGGAGAUUUCAAAACCAAGAAGGAAGCAUGCUGGGCCAUCUCGAAUGCAACAUCAGGUGGAUUGGCACAACCCUCUCAAAUCCGAUAUUUGGUAUCUCGAGGCUGCAUCAAACCACUAUGCGACUUGUUGAGUGGGCAAGAUAACAAGAUCAUCCAAGUAGCAUUGGAUGGUCUUGAAAACAUCUUGAAGGUUGGAGAGUCUGACAAAGUAGCAGCCAAUGGAGACGUGAAUCAAAUGGCCGUGUUUAUUGAAGAUGCAGGAGGAAUGGAGAAGGUGUAUGCUCUUCAAUCACAUGACAACUUGGAAAUCUAUAAGAAGGCCUACUCGAUUAUCGAAAAGUAUUAUAGUGACGAAGAAGAUACUGGUAUGCAAGCUCAAACAGAUCAAACUGGAAUGUUUGCCUUCCCAGCUCAAGGCAUGGAUGUACCACAACAAGGAUAUCAAUUUGGUGGUCAACAACAGUAA